AAAGAAUUCCCAUAAAAUAGAAUUGACUUUUACAAUAUUCCGCAUAAUCUUUUGAGGAAUUUAAGAUCUUUUGAUCAUAUGAUCCUUAACCAUCGGCGAUUCUCAGCCUUCAAUUCCUCAAACUCCCCAAAACUGUGGAUUCGCUCUCCAUGGCCAAACCCCUCUCUGUACUUUAUCCGUUUCACUGCACAUUUACGCCGCUGUUUGUUGCUAGUUGACAUGCCUCCGCCGCAGACGCCGCGACCGACGCCGCCAUCAGCUCCGCCGCAGCACCACCUUCUCAGGAAGCCCGCCUUUGUCCCUGACUUCAUCUUCACCGCUCUCUCUGUCUUCAUUCUCCUCUCUCCUUCAAAUCCAGCUAACAACAUUCUCCAGAAGCUUUCCCCACUCGUUUCUUUCCCUCUCAACCCUCGCAGGUUCCUCAAAAUCCCCACCAUGUCCCUGCCCUCAUCGAAUCGUCUCAGAAACCCUAACCUCCCCUUCCCGAACCCGCAGUCCCUUUCCGAUUGGCUGAAGCCGCGUUUGCCCUCCGAUUCUUUCGCUUCUUGGGGCGUCAAGCCCGGCACCAAGAACGUUAACAACCUCUGGCUCGAGAUCUCCGAGGGCGAAACCUCGUUGGCUGACUCCACGCCUCCUAUCCGCACCGUGGAAGUCGUGGUCGUCCGGGUCAUCGGGAAAGACAACAAAGUCCUCGUCGAAUCGCACCAGGAAUUGUCGAACGGUAAUGUUCGGAACCGGUCCCGACCCUUAUCGGAGAAAAUGAAACCCGGCGAGACUGUCGAUUCUGCAGUUUUCCGGGCAAUCAAAGAAGAGCUCGGGUCCAUAAUUGCCGGAAAUUCUGAGCUUAAUAGCAUUGUGAGAAUUGUGCCCAAUUCUUAUGUAAAGAAGGUGGAGGAGAGGGUUUCAGCUUCCUACCCGGGAUUGCCCGCUUGCUAUGUUCUGCACACCAUAGAUGCCACAGUGGAAGGUCUCCCUGAAGGGGAAUUCUGCACGGAAGAGUCUGAAGAAUAUGAGGGUUUUGAUGAUAAAGGAGUUGCAGCAGGAGCAGUUUCGUGUAAAAAGCAUUACUGGAAAUGGGUUGAUUCAUAUUCAGUUUGAUGCUCACUGACGAGGGUUGGUGAGUUUGUUGUGACUCUCCUUCCAAGAUUGAAUUUUGGACGACAUUUAUAGUUAGUGGUUCAGAGUUUCACUGAGUAUAUAUGCCAAUAUGUGCUUUCUCUAUUGUCUUUUCUGGGCUUGUGAAGUUGUCUGAGCAAACAUGAUAUACUCUAUACUUGUAAUGUCUAUAUACUUGCACCUUAAAUGAAAUCAAGAUUUGUUUUUGUUCCACUUUCAA